ACUAAAUUACACACAAACAAGACGGCAAAGCCCCGUCCCUUGUUAAUUGUUAUGAUCUCUCCGACCAAACCCAUUAGCUUCUCCCUUCUUAAAUACCUCUUUCCUUCUUCUUAAGAUCUGACCCGUACUGUACUUUCCCUCAAACCCAAACACACAAAAAAACCCUUUUUCUUGUAGCUUCCUCUCUUUAAAAUGCGUAUGAGCUGUAACGGAUGUCGAGUUCUUCGAAAAGGCUGCAGUGACAACUGUAGCAUAAGGCCUUGUCUUCAAUGGAUCAAAUCCGCUGAAUCUCAAGCCAACGCCACCGUCUUCCUAGCCAAAUUCUACGGCCGUGCCGGCCUCAUGAACCUCCUCAGUACCGGUCCUGACCACCUCCGUCCUGGAAUAUUUAGGUCAUUGUUGUACGAAGCAUGCGGGAGGAUUGUGAAUCCGAUAUAUGGAUCAGUCGGGUUAUUGUGGUCUGGAAAUUGGCAUCUUUGUCAAGCGGCGGUAGAGGCAGUGAUGAGAGGCUCUCCGGUGACUCCGAUCGCUUGUGACGCGGCGGUUACGAGUCAGGAUCCUCCUUUUAACAACAAAAAGCUUUGUGACAUAAGACACGUGUCAAGCAAGGAGGAGAACGUGAAGAGACGGAGCCGUGGUGCAUGCAAGGGAGAGAGAAACGUGAGGUCACAGAGUCACGAGUCAUCGCUUAGUCACGAAAACGUGAGGUCACAGAGUCACGAGUCAUCGCUUAGUCACGAGUCGCCAGUGUCUUCGGAAGGGACGACGACGGAGGAACCAAAGAGUUGGAUCGGGCUUGAGCUGACUUUGGGGUUAGAGCCUUUGGCACGUGGGAGUCACGUGGUGGUGCCGAUGAAGAAAAGAAAGUUGGAGAGGUGUGGCACGUCUGAGGAUGAGGACACGUGUAAGAUUGAGCUCGGACUCGUGUGUAGUGAGUGAAUGGUCCCUUUUGUUUUAGCUGGUCUUUAUUACAAGUUUUGUAGUUGAGUUUUAGAUGUACAAAUAGAGAUUAACGAAUCUCUCUCUUUUUUUCCUUUUACUUUUGUUUUUUGUUGUUUUGCUUGUUUUGUUUUCUUCAUAAAUGUGUAGGAAUGAUAAAGAGGUUUUAACUUAA